UUCCGGGAUAUUACCAAGUUUCGACACGGUGGUUGAGGUUUUGAUUUGAAUCACUCAGAAGUUACUCUAUAGUAUAGCAUCAAAUCAUUGUUACUUUGAUGUAUGGAAUUUUAAACGUUUGUAAUAUAAUCAUAUAGGAAUCCUAUGACCGGAUCUAACCAAAUUAAGACUAGCCGAUUAUCGCAGUUUCGCUCGAAUAUCUUUCAUUACGCUUCGCAUGAAAACGCUUUCCAUAUUUCCUGCAACAUUGUGUGUAUCCUACAGUCCAAACUCGGAUUCUUGCUAGGGACCAAAACAAAACCAUUUGAAAAGAAGGCCGUGCAUAGAAUUCCGAGUGUACAUUUAGCCUAGCUAGUUUAGGAGAAAAUAGUGGUUUACCUGGAAUACGCCAACCACCAACCAAUUUCUGUUUUGGGAGAGCACGUCAAGCUACUAAAGUAUUUCAUGGAUUUUCUGUGUUUCAGGACACUGUGCUGUAAAGGACCACCGUCUCCCAGACCAGAGUAUGACCUGGUGUGUAUUGGACUCACAGGCUCGGGGAAGACCAGUCUACUCUCCAGACUCUGCAGUGAAGCCACAGACAACAUCGGGCCAACUACGGGUUUUAGCAUCAAAGCUGUUCCAUUCCAGAAUGCCAUUCUAAAUGUGAAGGAACUCGGAGGAGCAGACUCGAUAAAGAAGUACUGGUCGCGGUACUACCAGGGUUCCCAGGGAGUGGUGUUCAUCCUGGACAGCGCCUCCACAGACGAGGACCUGGAGUUGGCCCGCACUGAGCUCCACUCUGCACUGCAGCACCCCCAGCUCUGCACCCUGCCCUUCCUCAUACUGGCCAACCACCAGGACAAACCUGCCGCUCGCACUACACAGGAGAUAAAGAAGUAUUUUGAGCUGGAGCCUCUAGCCCGAGGGAAGAGCUGGAUUCUAGAAGGCAGCUCAGUGGACAACAUGGAUGCCGUGAAACAGAGCUUCACUCAGCUCAUUGAGCUGCUGGAGGACAAGGACCAAGACACAGGCAGGAUAUGAGCUGGGACCUAAACUAUUGGGAACUACAAAUCCCACAGGACCUGCUGAGCCACAAGAACUACAAACCACACAGGUCCCACAGGACCUGCUGAGCCACAGGGAACUACAAAUCCCACUUGGGUCGACAGUUAGACCCCACAGGAGCCACAUCCGAGCUACAAAGCCCAUGGGAGGGCAUACCACACAGGCAGUCCAUACCACACAGGCAGUCCAUACCACACAGGCAGUCCAUACCACGCAGGCAGUCCAUACCACACAGGCAGUCCAUACCACACAGGCAGGCCAUACCACACAGGCAGGCCAUACCACACAGGAAGGCCAUACCACACAGGCAGGCCAUACCACACAGGCAGGCCAUACCACACAGGCAGGCCAUACCACACAGGCAGGCCAUACCACACAGGCAGGCCAUACCACACAGGCAGUCCAUACCACACAGGCAGUCCAUACCACACAGGCAGGCCAUACCACACAGGCAGGCCAUACCACACAGGCAGGCCAUACCACACAGGCAGUCCAUACCACACAGGCAGUCCAUACCACACAGGCAGGCCAUACCACACAGGCAGGCCAUACCACAAUGGAGCAACCUGAUCACAGAGGAACCAUUCCCCUCCGCAGAGAAUCUAUGGGCCACCAGGGUUGUAAUGGUUAGAGGAGUAAAACACUACCAGCUCUCAAACUGUAGAGACCUGGUGGACUGACUCCCUGAAAAGUAGUGCUGAGUGAUUAACUGAAAUGUCGGUUUAUUUUUGUUUUUUUAAAUAACGAAUCGGUCAACGUCAGUUCAAUUAUUUGAAUACCUUUUACUUCGUUUUUUUUUCUGUGCGCUCAACGUGCCAUUUCUCUAGAGAGAUUUCUCUCUGGGGUAGGUUGUUCAACUCAUCAUACAGUAGUUACGUACAGAAAACGUGUUAAUUAAUACAAUGACCAGAAUCCAUUGUGCUGCCUGUUCUCAUUGGUUCUUGCUGGACAAGCCUGUGGGCGGAGAUGAGAUGAUGACUUGGUAUAAAAUAAUAAGUCACCAAAUAUAUAUUGUUUUAUACAAAUACAUUUAAACUCAGUUUUUCACAAUUCCUGACAUUUAAUCCUAGUAAAAAUUCCCUGUCUUAGGUCAGUUAGGAUCACCACUUUAUUUUAAGAAGGUGAAA